AAGUUCCUAUAUAAUUUGAAAUGGCGGCACAUGGUUUUGGCUUGCAUUCUGAGUGCUGAAAGGACCAAAAUCCCAUCUUUCAAGCAUUUAUACAUGGUCCCUAACUACAUUGUGGCCCACUCUGUCAACUUGCCAUUGCUUUCUAAUCAUAGCAGCCUCUCUUCGGUUUGCUGGAUUGCUUUUGAGUUAUUAUAUAUACACAACAUAUCCUUUCUCUUCCCACCAAAGCAUUCUGCAUAUUUCAGUCUCUCUGCGUUUGAGAAAUAGAUUAAGACUACCGAUUAGUUUUGAACUCUGCAAUGGCAAGAAGUAAGGGAAAUCCUCAAGUUCUGCUUCUUAAGCAGAUUAUCAGAGCAUUUUGUAGGUUUGUCAAAGCCCAUAAAGCAAUUGGGUAUGGUCUUAGCCCAAAGAACAGAAGAUAUUUUGCAUUUGAGGAUGAGAUCAUGGGUAGAUCGUGCAGUGCUCUUCCACUAGAUGUCCCGAAAGGGCAUUGUGCAGUGUAUGUUGGUAGUGAAAGAAGUCGAUUUAUCAUCCCCACUGAUUACUUGAAUCAUUCUCUCUUCAGGGCAUUGCUGGAGAAAUCUCAGGAAGAGUAUGGGUUUGAUCAUCAGAUGGGACUAAGCAUCCCCUGUGAUGAAGUUGUCUUCCAAAGCUUGACAGUACUGUUACAGAAAAAUGAUCCAGCACUUGUAAAUUUGGGUGUGGAUGAGCUCAUGGAGUUACAUUCUUAGAAAGACAAUCCUUUCAGAAGGUGGAUUUUGCAGAGAAGAAGAGUGAUGAAAUUUCAACUCAGCGGGCCAAAAGAAAUGUACUACUUUUAUAUUGAUGGAGUUUAUGUUUUCUGAAACAGAUGAAGACUGAAACUGAUUGAAAUUUCUGCCUUAAGUAGCCUUGUAAUUGAUGGAAAGGAUUUCAUUUCAUCAAAUCGGCUGGGAUUCAUCUCGUUUGAAACCAUAAAGUAUACGGGGUUUUCAUUUCACUCCAGCAGUGGGAGUUUAGACAGCCAAGAGAAGCAUCCUCAAAUUGAAAAGAGCUAAUCAUGUCAAGGCUUCACCGGAUUAGGUCCUCUAGCAUGCAAUUCUGAGCCUUUGUCUGACUGAGGCCACCUGAUUGCUAUUGAUUGUGCUUGAUUACUAUCCAAUUUACUAUACAAUUUUGUAAAGACAAUCACAAGUUAACAGAAUAUCCCAAUAGACUGGUAUAUUUUUUCAAAGGUUCUA